AUGAGGUUCGGCAAGGGGCUCCUUUUGGGGCUGCUUGCCUUUGCGCAAGUUGUCAUGGGCGAGGAUUACUACAAGGUCCUCGGUGUCGGCAAGGACGCAACGGAGAAACAGAUCAAGUCUGCCUACAGGCAACUAAGCAAGAAAUACCACCCAGACAAGAACCCGGGUGACGACACGGCCCACGAGAAGUUCGUCCUCGUCUCCGAAGCCUACGAGGCGCUCUCCGACCAAGAGUCACGCUCCAUGUACGACCAGCUCGGCUACGACGCCUACAAGCAGCGCAAGCAAAACGGCGGGCAGGGCGGCGGUCACGACCCCUUCGACCUCUUCUCCCGCUUCUUCGGCGGCAGCGGCCACUUUGGCAACCGACCUGGGGAGCGCCGCGGCCCCAACCUCGAGCUCAAGGUCGGCAUCGCCCUGCGAGACUUUUACAAUGGGAAAACGACAGAGUUCCAGUGGGACAAGCAGCAAAUCUGCGACGAGUGCGAGGGGACCGGUGCGGCGGAUAAGGUGGUGCAUAAAUGUCAUGCCUGCAACGGGCAGGGUGUCAGAUUGGUGAGGCACCAGAUCGCGCCCGGGAUGGUCACCCAGGUGCAGAUGCAGUGCGAUCACUGCGGUGGGAGGGGCAAGUCCAUCAAGCACAAGUGCAAGGCUUGCGGUGGCGAGCGGGUUGUUCGCAAGCCUACUCCUGUGUCGGUUACUAUUCAGCGGGGCAUGGCUAAUGGGGUGCGGAUCGCGUAUGAGAACGAGGCCGACGAGAGCCCGGACUGGGUGGCUGGUGAUUUGCUGGUUACUCUUGUUGAGAAGGAGCCCAGUCUGGAGGAGGACAACCCGGACCAUGUGGAUGGUGUGUUCUUUAGGCGCAAGGGCAAUGAUGUCUACUGGAAGGAGGUGCUGUCUGUCCGGGAGGCCUGGAUGGGCGACUGGACCAGAAAUCUCACACACCUGGACGGGCAUAUCGUACGGUUAGGGCGCAAAAGAGGGGAGAUCAUUCAGCCCGGCCACGUCGAGACGGUGCCAGGGGAGGGUAUGCCCAUCUGGGACGAGGACGGGGACAGCGUCUACCACAAGACCCAGUUUGGCAACCUCUACGUCGAGUACACGGUUAUCUUGCCAGACCAGAUGGAGAGCGGGAUGGAGAAGGAGCUGUGGGCGCUGUUCCAAAAGUACAGGCAAAAGAACGGGGUGGAUCUGCACAAGGAUAGCGGCAGGCCAGAAAAGGUUGUUUUGCAUGAGGACAGGGAGCAGGAGCGGGAGCAUGAGGAGUUAUGA